ACUGUCUAACAUCUAUAACAGCUUUAAUCUUUAACACGUGGAGCUUUGACGUUAAUUAGAUGUUUUAGUGUCUGACUGGUAUAUGAUGAUGAUUAUACAGUAUGAAUGAUCAUGUGUUUCUUCUGCUCUAGUCUCAGGGAGCAGCUGGCUGAUCUUUACCAGACCAUUCAUUCCUCUGCCAACAUGACUCUGCUCCAGGAGUACGAGAAGACCAUCCACACAUUGAUCACUCAGAGCCUGGACUACAGAGUGGAGUGUGAGCAGCUGGAGAGCAGCAUGAAGCGAGCCGAGGAGAUAAACAGCAGUCAUCUGGCAGAAGUGGAGGACGACAUACAGCAACAGCUCGUCAGAACUGAGGGGAGGGUGAGAGAAGAGGAGCGAAAGAAAAUGGAAGAAGCUAUGACGACCAUGCAGAGGAAGCACAGGAACGAGGUGGCAGACCUGCGAGCGACUGUGGACAGACUGGUAAAGAGUCAGCAGGACACCGAGUCCAGCCAAGCGAGGGAGGAGGUGGUCAGGCUGAACAGACAGAUCGCUAACCUCUCCAUCGAGAACGAGCAGCUGCGCUCGUCUCUGCUGCAGGCCCAGACGGACAUCGCCGUCCUGCACUCGGAGCUGGACAAGCUGAAGAACAUGUACACGGACCAGAAAUCUCAGCAUGACAGAGAAAAAGAAGAUUUGAAGACGAUGUUGAUGGAAUACCAGUCGUACUCGAGUCAGAUUCAGAUUCUCCAGGAAAUGAACCAAACGCUGUACGACAGUAACGACGGGCUUCGCUCGGCGUUGGCCACUGAAGUCGUUGCUGCUAAACGGAGGCUGCCGCCCCAAAAUGAAAUCCCCGCCCGAAAGAUGAAACCCCUCCGACAGAGCACGCUCAACCUCAGCAGGUCUGAGUCCGAUCCCACCAAAACCACGUACUCCCACGUGGCCACCUGGGCCGAUAAAUACCUGGACAGCGGAGUGUCUCUGCCCAUGGACACAGCAGAUAUUUUAGGCAGCGACUACGACAGCGACGACAGCGACAGAGGCUCAGCGCAAACGGUCCACCACAGUUACUCCUGCGUUCCGUCUGAUGUGGAGAUAUCGGAGGUCAAAUCUGAGGCUGCAGUAUCGAUGGCGCCCAGCAGGGGGACCUCCAUCACGUCGUCUUUACGGAGACGUCUGUCCGUGUUUUCCUCAAAGCCUGUGGAGGCAGACGUAGAAGAGACCGAGGGGCCCGUGCCGAUGUACCGCCUGGUUUUAGCCGGAGACGCCGGAGCAGGAAAGUCCAGCUUCAUGCUGAGGCUGACGCUCAACGAGUUCAAAGAGACCAUUCAGACGACGCUGGGAGUCGACUUCCAGAUGAAGAGAAUGUUGGUGGACGGAGAGAAGACGAGCCUGCAGAUAUGGGACACAGCCGGGCAGGAGAGGUUCCGCAGUAUCGCGAGGUCCUAUUUCCGUAAAGCUCACGGCGUCCUGCUGCUCUAUGAUGUCACUUCAGAAAGCAGCUUCCUGCACGUCAGGGAGUGGGUGGAUCAGAUUCAGGAUUCAACGGAUGAGAAAGUCCCCAUGUGUGUUAUUGGAAACAAGGUGGACCUCCGAGAGCAGCUCGCGGGGGGGAGGUGUGUUAGCACUUCGCAUGGCGAGAAGUUGGCCAAGGAAUACGGAGCGUUGUUCUGCGAAACGAGCGCCAAGGAUGGAACCAACGUCGUGGAAGCUGUGCUUCAUCUAGCGAGAGAAGUCAAGAAAAAUGUGAAACUGCAGGAUCAGUCGGAUUCUCACGUCAAACUGAGUCAAUCCAGCCCGAAGAAGACUCUCAACAACUGCUGUGGACUGUAGACGUGUCGACAGGAACAACCGAGCGAUGGAGGACACAGCGUUUUUUACAUUUUCUAAUGAAGAGCUGAAUGAAGAAUUGUUUUAACCUUUUUUAAAAAAAAAAAAAAUAUCUCAUCUAAAUCUUUAAUCCUUAAAUAUAUACGUUUAUGAAUGCACACAUUUGUAAUCGUGCUCAUGUUUGUCUCAGGUUUUCUACUUAUUUUCAUAGGGAUUUUAUGACAAAUAAAUAAAGAAUAUCAACGUAUAAAUACUUUUAAAAGGUUCGCAGAGAUAAAUAAUAACCAUAUACUCGUAAUCAAUGCACUUUUCUCUUUAAAACAAAACCACAAAGACCAAAACGUUUUAAAAAUGUUUUUUUAU